CUGUUUUUCAGGACUUAUUUUCAGAUUUCUGACGCAAUACGCGGAGACGACACCACGCCACAAGCAAAUUUCAAGUCGCUCCUUGCUUCAUUCUACCUUCCCAAUGUCCUGCUACUAGUCAGUGCAAUAUUAUUCUUCUGCGCUGCAUGUACAUUUGUCAGGGACAACAAGAAAUUCAAGGAAACACUGGGUGUACCCGAAGCCGCUUCGAAUUCAGUACAAGAAAAGGACGUUCCUAAAGUUACUGAUGAGAACAAGGAGCCAAAGGCAGAGCAAGAAAAUUCAUAUAUUCCUGUUUCUCUUAGGUUCAAUUUUCAAGGCCGAUUUUCAAUGGGUUCUGUCUCACUAUACCAGUUUGGAAUACAAAAAAUUCAGGAAGCUAACUAUGAAAGCGCUGAAGUUAACAAACGAUGCGCCCUUAUAGCGCUUACAAAUAAAGCAUAA